UAGCCGGGACCGGGAGCCGGGAGCAGGGAGGCGGCCGGACGCGCGGACAGGCCCGGCGAGCGCGACGGCGCUGCGCUCGACAUAAUCACCCACACAAAAGGAAGCCAAAUCCAGGGACUACGUGGUGUGACUGUGCAGCAGCUGCAGGACGUUGGCAAGUCUUCUUGGAUGUCCUGCAGGACGCAGUGAGCCCAGGCCCAGAGGAAUUCUAGUGACAGUGCGCUCUCAACUCUCCUUCAUGAACUACCAUUGCCAAAAGGUGUCCUUGAGAGAGGGUAGCAGGGAGUGAAAGGAGGAGAAAAGAAAAUUAAGAAAGGUAUAUGAGUUUUGGACGUUUCCACACCCAGGGUCAGAAUGCUGCUCCUCUGUCAUGCCCUCACUGUAGCUGUGGCCCAGACCUUUAUCUUCUCAGAAAACCGGGCAUUUGCCAAGAGCAUCAACUUCUAUAACGUGCGGCCUCCUCUUGACCCGACACCAUUUCCAAACAGCUUCAAGUGUUUUACCUGUGAAAAUGCAGGGGAUAAUUAUAACUGCAAUCGAUGGGCGGAAGACAAAUGGUGCCCACAAGAGUGUAGAUCUUGCUGUGAAGGGAUGAUCUGCAAUGUAGAGUUACCCACCAACCACACCAAUGCGGUCUUUGCUGUGAUGCAUGCUCAGAGGACGUCUGGCAGCUGUGCCCCUGCGCUCCACCUACCCGUGCUUGCCUGGGCCUUCGUGCUGUUGUUGAUGUGAUACCACCAUUCCUGGGAGAGGCAGAGACCAGCCCUCUAAAGCACAAGCCAACAACUGUAUAAACAGUGAACUUUGGAGUGAAGACCAAUCUUGCACUUGGUGAAGAAUGCUCAUUGGACCCUAAAACAGAAACCAGUUGUUGCUUAGCUAAAAUGCUCCUGCACGAGGCCACUGAGGAAGGGGAUUUGGCAGGGACUGAGGGAUUAUGUGGAGUUUAUAUUUCUUGAUCAAAGGGGCUGCAUUUUGUCACUUCUGCAAGGAGAGUCUUGCCAGCAUCUACUACGGGCAGGUUCAGUAGCCUGUAUUGUCCCCACCUGACCAGGCCUGUAGCAGAAAGGACUCCUUGACCUGAUCAACUCCUUCAGGGGCUGCUGGAUCAGACCCUCUCUUUUCCGUGAUUAGCUCAGAGCACCUCUAUGAAAUAUAACCCUUCCCCAAUAAGAAAGCAAUUUCCCCGCCAACGGUGUAGUCAAUGAGAAGGGCAACUACAGGAAGAAAACUUCCAGUGGAACUAAUAUGAAACCCAUUUGCUAAUUGUGGGGGGAAA